AUGUUGGUUCGAGUCCUGCGUACCGGUUCUAAGGUCGACGUGACCCUCGGCGUCGAGACCCUCGUCGGCGUCGUGGCCUUCAUCUACGAGAACUUCGCAUCAGGCUGUUUGUAUCCACCGCUUGUCGGCUGGGACAUUCGGCUGCAAGUCGACGUGACCCUCGGCGUCGAGACCCUCGUCGGCGUCGUGGCCUUCACCUACGAGAACUUCGCAUCAGGCUGUUUGUAUCCACCGCUUGUCGGCUGGGACAUUCGGCUGCAAGAACGUAAAACGAAUCAGGAACAGAUUCUCCAAGAUUGUGACGCAGAGUUCAUUGGCGUCAGCUGUUCCGGUCAGACCUUCAUUCCCGGGGAAAGUUGCGUGCAAACAGCCUGCAUCGCCGGGGGUUAUCAGGCCGUCCAGUUCACCGAGUCGGCGUGGCUGUACAGCGACCCAGGAUACGUGUACAGCGUCUACGUACAACGGACUCCUGCCGGGAAAUUGGACACUAUCCCGGCAAAAGGAAGCCUCACAAUUGAAGAACGCUUCUCUAACGGGAAAGUCCGACUCCUCGCGAGACUGAAGAACACGACGCAAGGUGACGACGUCAUCGUGCAGUCGUCCAGCAACGAGGUCCACGUGAACUUCGGCUUCGGCGACUUCAACGUGUCUUACGUCGCCUGCUACGGGAGACCGCCCCACGACAGGAAAGUUGGACCGUGUUACCUGGAAGACAACGAGUUGUCCGGCGUGAUCAAGAGCCCCAGCUAUCCGACCUUCUACCCGCUCGAGGCGUAUUGCGAGGCCAAGGUGGACGUCCCGCGCGGGAACGUCAUAAGCUUCAAGGUACAAGACCUGGACCUGUGCGCAUCGCCCAACAACACCGUCACCCUCGUCGACGGGGACGGCCCGGGUGGCGCCCUCCUGGGGACGCUGUCGCCGGGCGACGCUUACGCCAACGAGAGUUUCGUCACUUCCGGUAGGCAAGCGACGGUGCUGUUCGACGCUCGCUGUGACCGGGCCAACGGCAGUCGAGGCUUUCACAUCACGUACGAGGCGGUGCCCGUGCGGGACGCCAACACCACGGGAGGCUCGGCUCUGAGCGACAGGAUCCAAGGACUGGACCAAGGUCCGUGCGGGAAGCCUCUCCUCGCACAACCCGGUGACGCGGCCAACAAUCAAGGCUCCAAAAUUGUUCGAGGCAGCGACGCCAGAGUUGGCGCUCACCCGUGGCAGGUGCUUCUCCGCGAGUCAGACUCGAACGAAGCGUUCUGCGGCGGGAGCCUCAUCAGCCACCGCUGGGUGCUCACGGCGGCCCACUGCUUCGAGAUCUACGGACGCCAUAACGUACGCGUGAUCUUAGGCAAGCACAGCCUCGUCAACGAGGGAGAUCACGAGAUCACGCUCUCCGUCAGGAAGCUGAUUAAACAUUCGGAUUACAACAACAAGACGCUGGACAACGACAUCGCGCUGCUGGAGCUUCGGGCGGCGGUCCAGUACAGUCCCUACGUGACUCCCAUCUGCCUAGGAGACGACCAGUUCAUUGAGGAGGUGGUGUUCAAGGCGAACAAGUCCGUGCUCGGAUUGGCCAGCGGCUGGGGCCGCGUCAACAUUAAGGGACCCCGGCCAGAGAACUUGCAGGAGGUCCGAUUGCCCAUCCUCAAGAAGCAAGUCUGUCUGGACGCUGCCAGCGCCGCUAUCAAAAAAAAGAUCACGGACAACAUGUUUUGCGCGGGGUACGACAACCAGCCGACGGUGCCGGACACCUGCGAAGGCGACAGCGGCGGGCCCUUCGUGGCGCAGCUCGGAGACACCUGGUUCCUGGUGGGCAUCGUGAGCUGGUCCCACAUGGGCAAGUGCGGAGUGCCCGGCAGGUACGGCUACUACACCAAGGUGAACAACUACAACCAGUGGAUCACCAGUACCAUAGCCUCCAGGACCACCCAGUGACGCAAGCCCGCGCUGCCGUGACAGCAAAGACUUCGCUAUGGACUGAGAGCCUUCUCUUGUAACUAAUAGACCGAUGGAUAGAUAGAUGAAUGGAUGAGGGUGAACCCUUUGAAUCGGGCUUCA